AUGGCCGGGAUGUCUCAAGUGCAGGAGCUCUUCCACGAGGCCGCCCAGCAGGGGGCCCUGGCCCAGCCCCAGCCCUGGUGGAAGAGCCAGCUGUUCGUAUGGGAGCCAGUGCUGUUCGGGACCUGGGAUGGUGUGUUUACGUCCUGCAUGAUCAACAUUUUUGGGGUUGUCCUUUUCUUGAGGACUGGCUGGCUGGUGGGCAACACGGGCGUCCUCGUGGGCGUGUUUCUGGUCUCCUUCGUCAUCCUGGUGGCCCUCGUCACCGUGCUGUCUGGCAUCGGGGUCAGAGAGCAUUGCGGCGUGGGCAGUGGCGGUGUCUACUCCAUGAUCUCCUCGGUGCUCGGGGGGCAGACCGGAGGCACAGUGGGACUGCUGUACGUGUUCGGACAGUGUGUUGCAGGUGCCAUGUACAUCACCGGCUUCGCUGAAUCCAUCUCAGAUUUGCUGACCCUCAGGAAUAUCUGGGCUGUUCGAGGAAUUUCAGUGGUGGUGCUUCUGGCCUUGCUGGGGAUCAACCUGGCAGGUGUCAAGUGGAUAAUCCGCCUCCAGCUGCUGCUGCUGUUCCUGCUGGCUGUGUCCACACUGGACUUUGUGGUGGGCUCCUUCACACAUCUGGACCCAGAACAUGGUUUUAUUGGAUAUUCACCAGAACUGCUGCAGAACAACACUCUGCCAGAUUACAGCCCUGGGGAGUCUUUUUUCACUGUCUUUGGGGUGUUCUUCCCAGCAGCUACAGGAGUCAUGGCCGGCUUCAACAUGGGGGGCGACCUCAGGGAGCCUGCUGCCAGCAUCCCCCUGGGCUCCCUAGCAGCUGUUGGCAUCUCGUGGUUUCUGUACAUCGUCUUUGUCUUUCUGCUCGGCGCCAUCUGCACCCGAGAGGCCCUUCGCUAUGACUUCCUGAUAGCCGAAAAGGUGUCCCUAGUGGGCUUCCUGUUCCUUUUGGGCUUAUACAUCUCAUCCCUGGCCUCCUGUAUGGGAGGCCUCUACGGAGCCCCCCGGAUCCUGCAGUGCAUUGCCCAGGAGAAAGUGAUUCCUGCACUGGCCUGUCUGGGGCAAGGGAAAGGGCCAAAUAAAACACCUGUAUCUUCCAUCUGCCUGACCAGCUUGGUGACCAUGGCCUUUGUCCUUGUGGGUCAGGUGAAUGUGCUGGCCCCCAUCGUCACCAUCAACUUCAUGCUGACAUACAUCGCGGUGGACUACUCUUACUUCUCCCUGUCCAUGGGUCCCUGCAGCCUCCCCCAGGUGCCUGAGUCAGGGCACAGGGAGGGCACGGAAGCUCUCCACUGCUCUGAGCAUCUGCUGUUGGCGAAGGCUCCCAGCUAUGGCUCUGAGAGCACUGCCCAAAGCCUCUCUGAGGGCACUCUGCUAGAAUUCACCAAAGACAUGGACCAGCUCCUCCAGCUAACAAGGAAGCUUGAGAGUAGCCAGCCCAGGCAAGGAGAGAGUGAUGUGACGCUGGAGAGUCAGAAGGGGAAACGCAAGAAGGCCACCAAGCAAACCCUACAAGAUAGCUUCCUCUUGGACCUCAAGUGCCCUGCUUCCUUCCCUACUGAGGGCUCUGAUGGAUUGCCCACUGCCUCCUGGCAGGGACAGGAGUCCUCCUGGAACAAGCAGAGUACCGGAAGUGAAGGGGAUUGGCCUGGGGGAGCCUGUGGAGAACAACUUGUCCCUGAGCCAAGUAGCCUGCUUAGGCCAAGUGGAGAAGAUUUCUUCUUGAAGUCCAGGUUCCAGGAACAAGAUGUCCAAGGGAGACCGACUUCUUUCUACACUCGCAUGUGCAACCCCUGGGUCUCCCUGUUGGGGGCAGUUGGGUCCCUUCUCAUCAUGUUUGUGAUCCAGUGGGUCUAUACCCUGGUUAACAUGGGUGUUGCUGCCAUUGUGUAUUUCUACAUUGGUCGGACCAGUCCAGGGCUUCAUCUGGGAUCAGCCUCCGGCUUCAGCUUUUUCAGAUGGAUGAGGUCUCUUCUGAUCCCUUCCUGCAGGAGCUUGCGAUGCCCCCAAGAGCAGAUAAUUUUGGCGCCGUCCCUAGCUAGGGUUGACAUGGAGAUGACUCAGCUCACCCAGGAGAAUGCAGACUUUGCCACCCGGGAUCGCUACCACCACUCCUCCCUUGUGAGUCGGGAGCAGCUGAUGCCUGAGUAUUAGAGUACUGAGCCCUCAGUACUAGGCAGCCCUAGGACCCUCUUCUCUUGGAGCUGUCGAGUGUACAGUGGACCCAAAUCCCAGAACUUUUGUGGAGCUGGUUAUCCCCCGUAAGAAGCUCAAAGAUCUGUCCUCCCACUGCCAUUUUGGGCCAUGGAAAUCUGCAUUUGUGUCUGCAGCAACACGUGUAACCAGGGUAACGGCUGAAGAGCUCCACGUGGACACCAACAGUUGCAGGUGUGGAGAACCGGACCAGAUUGCUUGU